UUCCUGUUACUCAUUAGCCAAACAAAUCCGCAUGUAGCUUAGUAGCCAAAGUUUACAACAAAAAGAAAUUAUUCAUUCAGUGAUAUCAUAUUUCUGAGAAACAAAGUCAACUUCGGAAAUAGCUUAUGCACUCAGAGAUUAUUAAAUUUUGUUUUUAACAAAACGCGGAAGAGAAGACGUAGCUAUGGUUAACGUUAGCCGAACAUGCUAACUAACUAGCCAUCGUUAGCUAUCGUUAGCUCUAAUGGCUGCACCAACUCCACUGAUGUCUGCUCCUGUGUUAAGUCAAAAGCAACGCAGGGCUGCUCUGAGGAAAGAGAGAAGGAAACGGAAACGCCAAGCUCUCGCCCAAGCCAGAGAAUGUGGUAUAAAAAAUGAAGUAAGCUGCACACCUGAAGAAGAAGAAGAAGAAAUAGAAAAAAAUGAUGAAGAUGAUGAGGAUAAUGUUGCUGCAGAGGAGGAAAGACUGCGGCUGCAUGAACAGUGGUUGGAGAGAGAGAGGCUGGCCCAAGAGGAGUUCAGGCUGAGGGCUGAGAGGGAAGAAGCUGCAAGGAAAAGAAAAGAGGAGGAGGAGAGAAUGAUAAAGGAGGAAUGGGAGGCCCAGCAGAGGAAAGAGCAAGAAGAAAGAGAAAAGAAGCAGCAGACAAAGCGAGACAGAGAGGAGGCCGUUCAGAAAAUGUUGGAUGAAGCUGAAAAUCAGCUAGAAAACGGAGAACCAUGGAUGAAUCCUGAGGCUCCUGUGAAGGAGAGCUCUGAGAACUUCGGAACAGAGCGCGAUGUAGCCAACUGUCCGUUCUUCCUGAAGACCGGGGCGUGUCGAUUUGGAGACAGAUGUUCUCGGAAACACGUUUAUCCCACAUCCAGCCCGACUAUGGUGAUCCGUGGUAUGUUUACAACGUUUGGCAUGGAGCAGUCACGCCGUGAUGAUUACGACGUUGAUGCUUCUUUGGAACACAGCGAGGAGGACCUGCAGGAGUCUUUCCUCGAGUUCUACCAUGAUGUCCUGCCGGAGUUAAAGAGUGUCGGCAAGGUGGUGCAAUUCAAGGUCAGCUGCAAUUAUGAACCACACCUGAAGGGAAAUGUUUACGUUCAGUUUGAUACAGAGGAGCAGUGUACAGAAGCCAUAAUCAGGUUCAAUGGGAGGUGGUACGCAGGCCGGCAGCUUCAUUGUGAGAUGUGUCCUGUUACACGGUGGAAGAACGCCAUAUGUGGAUUGUUUGACAGACAGAAGUGCCCCAAAGGGAAGCACUGCAAUUUCCUGCAUGUAUUUCGAAACCCUGGCAAUGAAUUCUGGGAGGCUGACAGGGAUCUGCACUUGUCACCAGACCGCAGCAUCAGGGGGAGUCGAAGAGACGGGUGGCAUUCAGAGCGAUUCGGAGAUCGAUCGUGGAGGCAGCGUCAGAGCAGCAGAAGCCCGCCGAGAUCUGAGAGGUCCCACAGCAGGCGAGAGAGCGACAGGCGGAGGAGCAGGAGCAGAGAGAGGAGCAGAGAGAGGAGGGCCUCCUACCAGCACAGAGAAGACAGACGAUCAUCCAGACACAGUGACAGGAGGAAUGACUGGUAUCUGAGCAGAAGUAGAGACAGGUCGAGGAGUAGAAGUAGAGACCGAGAGCAAGACAGGCCGAGACACAGGAGCAGAGAUAGAGACAGGGAGCACAAGUAUAGAAAUAGAAGCGAAGAGAGAGACAGCAGAGACACAGACACAGACACUCGUGGAAAAGUGAGAGAAAGGUCAAGAAGCUCAAGCAGUGAUGGAAACAAGAAAAGUAGAGAGAAGAGCCCCAAGAAGGCAGACAAAAAGGAUGGUAACACACGUCGACGCCACAAACAGUCUAAAAAGAGCAAGAAGAAGACCAAGAAAAAGCACAAAAAGAAGAGCCGUUUGCCUGAAGAGACAAGCUCAUCUGGAGAGUCAGACAAGGGGAGAGAGUCAGAGGAAGAGACUGUGAAGAGCCUCACUGUGGCCAGUCCAAAUGAAACAGAGCUUAUUCAGAAAAGCAACGAUGUGGAUGAGAGUCCGUGUGUUAAGAGUGAGCAUUUAAGUCCUGAGAUGAAAAAUGAACAGUCUAACACAGAAAUGCCAAGUGAGCCUGCUGGAAAUGAUGACACGAGUACCUCUUAGUGGCUUCGACUAGGGACGAUAUUCUGGUCAGUUGGUCGAUCAGUUGGUCGAUAGGCUCGACCAAGUUGUCAUUAGUUGGACAAUCGCUGGUGUUACUUUGGUAAGGCUGUGUGUUCACCGAAGCAUUUUUCCCAGCUUAAAACACCAGGCACUCCUCUGAAAACACCCAGUUGGGAGAGCACAGCACAGCACAUCGUUUUAUCAGCUGAGGUGCUUUAGUUGCAUCUGGUUGCUUUCAUACGGAAUAUCUGCGGAAGUAAAAAUAUUGGCACAAGAUGGUGUACUUUUCUCCGUAUGAAGGAAAGGCUAAAACACAUAGGAAGAGAGGAUGGACCAGCUGGUCUAAGUGGCCAGCACCAUUUAUUUCUCCUUCAUUCAUGCUCUCCUAUGUUGUUUUUUUUUUGUUUGUUUAGAACUUGUACAUGUAGGACGUGAUGGUUGGUCUUUGUGGUAUUGAUUCUGUUUGUCCUCCACUGUGAUUGGACAGCUUGGAAGAAAGUUACAGUGACAGGCACAGCAUUACUCAAAGAAGUGGCGCUGUGAUGGUUGGUUUUUAGUGGUAUUUAUUCUGCCUCUCCUCCACCGUGAUUGGACGGCUUGGUAAAAAAUGACAGUGACAAGAGCAGCAUUACCCAGAGAAAUGGCGCUGACCAAAGUUUAACAUUUUUCAACUCGGUGACCAGAAAAAAUGCCAAACGUGCAGCGCUUGAUGUCUCAUCAGGCUGCUGCCGUUUGUAGCGUAGUGUAUAUGUGACGCUCCCAUUGCAAAAAAUUAAGAAACUACACUGGCCUCUGGGAAAAAAACGCUUUGGUGGACACAUACUGUAGCUACCAGGGAGAGUACACUCAGUGCACUGUGGCAGAUUUAGUUAAUCUAGACAUGAUGUGCUGAUUUUUCCCCCCAUCAGUCGGCCAAGAUUUUCUCUGAUAGAUUACAGCCAUAGCUCCGACGUUUCAAUAUCUGUGAAUUUAUUUUGUUCUUCUAACUAUGUGAAUGUAUAGGGAAUGAUAGAGACGUGUUUUGAGCAGAAGUUAGCACCUGUAUGUACAUAUGUGAAUAUCUUGCUUUUGGAAAAUGGUUAUUGUUGCUUUAUUAUUGAAUGCUUGAUAACUGGAGCUGCAGCACAACAUGGUUGUUGUUGCGUAGUAAUAAACAAUAUACAAAACAAAA